AUGUCAAAUGGUGAAACCAAACAAUAUGAUAUCAUUCAAAAACAUUUAGGUUCAUUAGAUGAAGAAAAUAUAAAAUUAAUUCAUAAUUUUCUAAAAGAUUUAUUUAUCAAAUCAUCUGGAUAUGGGUUUCUUAAAUUUCAUGAUUUAGUUAAAAAGAAUGGAGGUGAAGAUUUUGAUAAAUUAUUCAUAAGAGAAUAUUAUAAUUCUUUAAGCUCAACGAGUAGUAAAAGGAAAUUAGAUAAUGGUGUUUAUGAAGGUAGGGUCAUAUCAACGCCUCCGUAUGGUGCAUUCAUAAAAUUUAAUAAUUCUUCUGGACUUUGUCAUGUUUCACAAAUAUCAUUUGAUGGAUCUCGAGUUGAAAAUUCUUCAAUUUUAAAACCAAAUCAAAAAGUAUUUGUUAAAAUUAUUGAUGAAAGAAAAGAUGGGAAAAUUUCAUUAUCAAUGAGAGGAAUUAAUCAAGAAAAUGGUGAAAUUUUGGAAAUUGAACGUGGAACCGUUAAUAAUAAAAUUCAAAAAUCUAAUCGUAAAAUGACAUCACCUGAAAGAUGGGAAGCAAGACAAUUAAUUGCAUCUGGAGCUGCAAAACAAGAAGAUUAUCCUGAAUUAAAUGAAUUUGAAGAAAUUGAAUCAAAAUCUCAAAUAAUUCAUCAUGAACCUGAAAUUUCUCAUGAUAUUGAAUUAAAUGAUUUUAAACCUGAAUUUUUAAAAAAUCAACCAAAAUUUAAGGAACUACCGAACAUAAAUACAAUUUUAAAAAUGGAAGGAGGUGCAAUGUCAAAAGUAAUUGAAAAGGGUUCUGAAUUAGCUAAAACUUUUAGAGAUGAUAAAUUAAAAUCUCAAAAACAAAAACAACAUCAAGAAAUUGAUCCAUUAUUUGAGAAAGAUGAAGAAUCUAGUGAAAAAAAAAUUGCUGAAUGGAAAAAAUCCAAAAAAAUUGCAUUUGGAAAACCAACAACUAUGUCAAUAGAUGAACAAAGAAAAUCAUUACCUGUUUUUGAUAUGAGAAAUGAUUUAAUUGAACAAAUUAAAAAUAAUCAAUUUCUUGUUAUUGUUGGUGAAACUGGUUCUGGAAAAACUACUCAAAUUGUACAAUAUUUAUAUGAAGAAAAAAUGAAUAUUAUAAAUGGAGAAUCAAAAAUUAUUGGAUGUACUCAACCAAGAAGGGUUGCAGCUACUUCAGUUGCUAAAAGAGUUUCUGAAGAAGUUGGUUGUAUAUUAGGUGAUGAAGUUGGUUAUAAUGUUAGAUUUGAUGAUAAUACCUCCCCUAAAACAAAAAUUAAAUAUAUGACUGACGGUAUGUUGGAAAAAGAAGCAUUAAGUGAUCCAGAAAUGAACAAAUAUUCAAUAAUUAUGCUUGAUGAAGCACAUGAAAGAACUAUAGCAACAGAUGUUUUAUUUGCUUUAUUAAAAAAAGCAGCCAAAGCAAAUCCAAAUUUAAAAGUUAUUAUAACAUCAGCAACUCUUGAUUCUAAUAAAUUUUCAAAAUAUUUUAAUAAUUGUCCUAUAGUUAAAAUUCCAGGUAGAACUUUUCCCGUUGAGAUAUUAUAUACAAAAGAACCAGAAAUGGAUUAUUUAGCAGCUGCAUUAGAUUCAGUUAUGCAAAUUCAUAUAUCUGAACCUCCUGGUGAUAUAUUAGUAUUUUUAACAGGUCAAGAUGAAAUUGAUACAAGUUGUGAAAUUUUAUCUGAAAGAUUAAAAAUUUUAGGAGAUUCUGCAACAGAAUUAAUAAUUUUACCAGUUUAUUCUGCGUUACCUUCAGAAAUGCAAACUAAAAUAUUUGAACCAACUCCCCCGGGUUCAAGAAAAGUUAUAUUAGCUACAAAUAUUGCUGAAACUUCAAUUACAAUUGAUGGAAUUUAUUAUGUUAUAGAUCCUGGUUAUGUUAAAUUAAAUGCUUAUGAUCCAAGAGUUGGAAUGGAUUCUUUAAAAAUUUGUCCUAUUAGUAAAGCUCAAGCUAAUCAAAGAAGUGGUAGGGCAGGUAGAACUGGACCUGGUAAAUGUUAUAGAUUAUAUACUGAAGAAUCAUUUGAAAAAGAAAUGUUACCAAAUACUAUUCCAGAAAUUCAAAGACAAAAUUUAUCUCAUACUAUAUUAAUGUUAAAAGCAAUGGGGAUUAAAGAUUUGAUUAAUUUUGAAUUUAUGGAUCCACCAUCAAUGAGAACUUUAAUGACAUCAUUAGAAGAUUUAUAUAUGUUGGAAGCGUUAGAUGAUGAUGGAGAAAUUACUUUAUUAGGUAAAAAAAUGGCAAAUUUUCCCAUGGAACCAGCAUUAGCUAAAACAUUAAUUAAAUCAGUUGAAUUUGAAUGUACUGAAGAAAUUUUAACAAUUAUUGCAAUGUUAUCUGUACAAACAAUUUUUUUUAGACCCAAAAAUAAACAAAUUCAAGCAGAUCAAAAAAGAGCAAGAUUUAAUUCAAUAAUGGGAGAUCAUUUAACUUUAUUAAAUGUUUUUCAAAGAUGGUGUCAAAAUAAUUAUAAUAAAAAUUGGUGUCAAGAUAAUUUUAUUCAAGAAAGAAGUUUAAAAAGAGCAAUGGAUAUAAAAAAACAAUUAAAAUCAAUUAUGAUAAAUUAUAAAUAUGAAAUAAAAAGUUGUGGAUCAAAUUUAGAUAACAUAAGAAAAACUCUUUGUUGUGGAUUUUUUAAAAAUACUGCAAAAAAAUUAAGUGGUGAAGGUUAUAAAACUUUAUCAAAAAAUGAAUCAGUAUAUUUACAUCCAUCAUCAAGUUUAUUUGGUAAAAAUACAGAAUAUUUAUUAUAUCAUACUAUUUUAUUAACUUCAAAAGAAUAUAUGCAAUGUGUUACAAUUAUUGAUCCUAUUUGGUUAUAUGAAUUUGCUUCAAAAUAUUUUAAAUUAAGUGAUGAAACAACAAAGAAAAAGGAAAAAAUUAUACCUUUAUUUUCAUUUCAUAAUAAUAAUAAUAAAAAACCACAUCCAUUUGAAAAGAAAAAGAAAAAAAUUGAGUAA